UUAUUUCUUUUAUCAAAAGAAAAUGAGUGCUCAAAGUCGCCAAGCACAACAAUUAUCGUCUGCUAAUAAUCAACAAAAACAAGACGAUCCAUAUGGAGGUUUUAAUGAUUAUGACCAUGCUUAUGAUUUGGAGAAUUUAUAUUCUGAUGGAAAUUUUGUUCAAGCAGCCGCUACAUCUUCACGUUUGGGCACAUCAAUGCCUGUAGGAACUGCAAUGGGUCUUCGAUUGCCCACAGCUGCCUCAUAUUCUCAAAUGGGCGUUAAAAGACUUGCAACUGGAGGAAUUAAUGCUCAUCAUCCUCUCCCUCUAUCUCGUGCGAGGACAGGAAUUGCUGGUGGAACAGCUGCUGGGUUACGAACUGGAAUGCCUUCAGAAUUAGCACGUCCAAUGACUGCAAUAAGAGGGGCUGGUUAUUCUUCUGCUGGAAGAAAAAGUACUUUCGAUAAAAUACCAAUUCAACAAAAUGAAGACAAUAAUAACCUUCAAAAUGAAGAAAAUGCGCAAUUAGAGAAAGCAAAGAAAUUAGAAGAUCAAGCAAUGGAACAAUUACUUGAAAGUACUUUUUUGGCUGAAAGAGGAGAAAUAAAAGCUGCAUUAGAUAAAGCUAAAGAAGCAACAAGACAAUGGAGAACAUCAGAUAAUUUACGUAAAAGUUCGGGAGAACAACAAAAUAUGGAUUUGGGUUGGUGUUCUUUAUUGUGUUUAGCACAACAAAAAUUAAUUAAUGGAAUACCUUCUGAAGCUUUAAAUAUUUAUCAAACAAUUGUCAAAAAUCGUUCUUAUGCAAAUGGGCAUAGAUUAAAAAUAAAUAUAGGAAAUAUUUAUUUUAGAAAAAAAGAAUAUACAAAGGCUUUGAAAUAUUAUAGAAUGGCUUUAGAUCAAGUACCAAAAGUUCAUCAAAGAAUGCGUGCAAAAAUUUUGAGUAAUAUUGGAGUUGCUAUGGUUAGACUAGGACGUUAUGAAGAUGCUUUAUCUUCAUUUGAGGAAAGUUUAGAAUUAAAUGGACGUUCAGCAGCUGAUUAUUCGACUGCUUUAAAUUUAAUAAUGGCUGCUUAUUGUUUGGGAAAUGAAGAAAAAAUGAGAGAAUCAUUUCAACGUUUAGUUGAUAUACCUAUUUUAAUUGAUGAAAAUAAACAACAACAAGAGGAAUUAGAUGUAUUAACUACCCAAUUAUUAGAAAAUGAUGCUUUAGCUAUUUGGGAAAGGCGUUAUGCUUGGUGUGUUGAAUGUAUAAAACAUUCAAUAUAUGCAACAUUAGCUACAGAAUUGGAAAUGAAUAAAGUAAUUGAAUUAUUACGUCAAGGUCAUUUGGACCAAGCAAUUGAAGAUUUAUUGGCUUUUAAUAGUAAAACAGAUGGAAAAAUAGCAAGUGCAGCUAGUAAUAAUUUGGCUUUAAUUAAUCUUUUGAAAGGAGAAGAUAAAUUAGAAGAUGCAUUACAAUAUUGUGAACAAGCAUUGAGUUUAGACCGUUAUAAUUCAAAUGCUUUGGUAAAUCGUGGAAAUAUUCAUUUUUAUAAAAACGAGCCUCAAUUAGCUUUACAAUGUUUUAGAGAAGCUUUACAAGUAGAUUCUGGUUGUAUACAAGCUAUUUAGUUAGAAAUUAAUUUUAAAAGAAAAUUCUUUUUUUUUAGUAAUUCUGGUUUAGUUUGUCGUUUACUUGGGCAAUUAGAUGAAGCAAAAAGAAAUUUUUUUAAAUUAA